AUGGCUCGACGAACAGCUCGGAAUACGGUUAUGGUGCGACGGCCAACGACUUCACAGAUACAGGCCAUGACCGCAGCCAAGAAUGCAACUCCGCCUCGCGAUAUCGAUGCCGAAGUCAGUGGUCUGAACAUCGCCUCCCUCACACUCGAUACUCCCUUGAUCCCAUUUGUACCUAAACGACGGGUUCCAAAGACGCCGUUUCAUUUCCUCUCCCUUCCCGCCGAGGUUCGGAUUUCAAUCUACGCACACUUCUUUGACGACGAUGAGAAUGUGGAUGGCGACGUGCUCGAUCUCGAACCAAGAAACUACCGACGUUUUCACAAGAAGCUGGCAAUCAUCCGCGUCUGCAGGCUAGUUCGCGAGGAAGCAACUCACUACUUCUACAGCACCCGAAGCUUCCGCAUCUUCCCUAUCUUCCCUGGCCGAUACUUCAAAACAAAGCGACCACUUCUGGCCCGCCUGAAGCCCCAUCAACGAGCGUGCCUCACUUCGAUCCAACUGCGUGUCGGCCCAGGUUGGGGUGCACCCCCACGCGGAUGGGUAGUGAAUGAUGCUCUUGGGUUGUCAGAUUGCACCAACGUACAUACCCUCUCAGUAUAUGUCGAGAACGACCCGAGCGACAGCAUUUACAAUGGCUUCCGACGUAACGAGGGAUUCUACGAAGAAUUCUGCCGCAAACUUCUGGGCAGUAUCUUGGAAAGCAUGCCGGCAAUCACUGCCAUCCAAUUUGAUGGACACCCUGGCGUGAAGAAGACUGGUGAUAUGAUGAGGGGGCUUCUUGACCUCGCUCAUACCUCCGGCAAGUCUGUGCUUUGGGGUCCUGCCCGGGGCUGGACCGAUGCUGAUGAGGAACCCGAGCUGCCUAUGAAGAAGGCAUCAUGGGAAGAGAUGAAACAUCGGCAACAGAAUAAUGAACUUCCCACUUGGGCAUGA